AGCAAAAAAAAGUUCAAAAAUCUUUUCGAGAUUGAAAAAUAUUGUUUUAACAAUAUACACUUAAAUGGAUAUUGACAAGAAAUAAUAUUUAUGCCUCCUCUUUCCCUACCUACACAUCAAAUUAGACAAACUCACAUAUCAAAUUUACCUUCUACACGGAAUUUUCCGAGCAAUCCAAGGAGUAAGCCAUGAAUCAUCAUCAUUCCCUUCUGAGUGUUUCUUUGUGCUUAUUCCUUGAUAUCGUGGUUCACGGAUACUGGAAAAGUCCAGAAGACGGUCCAACAUGCAAGGUAACCACCUGCAGAGAAACUGAUCCUGUUUGCGAGUGUUCCCUAACAAUAGAACACCGACUGACUAUGAUGACAUUGAAAAAUCCUAUAAUGGUUGUGCCUUCCAGUGGCAGGAUUCGGAGAUAUAAUGAAAGUUCGUAUCUCCCUGAUUCAGUCGUUGAUGACGUUAUUACGACAGAUGGCUAUCAGUCCCGGCUUGUCAUCGCUAUUAACGAUAGGUUUCCAGGACCAACCAUAGAAGCGUUUGAAGGUCAAACAAUGAUAAUUCAUGUAAGAAAUCUAAUGCACACUGAUACAACAACUGUACACUGGCAUGGUAUGCAUCAACGAGGCACUCCGCAUUCAGAUGGCGUUGCCUUCAUAAGUCAAUGUCCAAUUUUGCCAGGACAAACGUUUACUUAUAAUUUCAAAGCCAGUCCUCACGGGAGCAGUUUCUACCAUGCUCAUAUUGGAGAUCAGCGUAGUAUGGGAUUAUAUGGAGCAUUGAUUAUUUAUCCCAGACACAAAUUUUAUCCUCAACCACAAAUUGGCUUCACGGUUCUCAUACAGGACUGGAACCACAAUGAUGAACCGGAAACAUUAUACCAGCGCAUGCUUAAUGGCGUGUACAAGUUUAAUGGUAUGACACCAACAUUAGUAAGUCCCACUCAGUCGGUAGACGGUGCUAAUUUCAGUCGAUUUCAUUUUCAUUCUGGACUCAUUAAUGGUAAAGGGAGGUUCUGGUCACGAGCACAAAAUAGCAAUAGCCUGCAACAUAAUGGUGCCCCGCUUGAAGUCUUCAAGGUCAAUCCACUGCAAAUGUACAGAUUCCGUGUAAUAAGUGCUGCUACCCUUUAUCCUUUCCGUGUUUUUGUUCAAGAUCAUCCAGAACUUACAGUGGUAGCAUCUGACGGUUUUGAAAUUGUCAGAGGAACUGGGAAAGAAAGUCAACCAAUCGUUGUUGAAUCAUUCAUUAUCCAUCCUGGGGAGAGAUAUGAUUUUUUCCUGUACACAGGAAAGGCCGUAAAGUCAUAUCUUUUGGUGGCAGAGAGCAUCGAAGUAAUACCUAACAACAUUUUUGAAUAUCAUGCUGCAGAAGCAAUUAUUCAAUACGAAGGCUCAUCAACUUCCUAUAUUACGUCAAGAGCAAGUAAUCAAGGUUACUGCACCAGUAAGAAACCGUGUAUAACAUUCAAUUGUCCCUACAAAUACUACCCAUCCAAUCAAAACAGACAAUGCCUCAGUUAUGAUGAAGCAAACAGUAAUGAACCAAACUCGACUAAUGACGAAGUAGCUACUGUUUCGGAGACAUUGUUUUUCAACUUUGCUUUUCCUGGCGAGCCGGGAAAUACCCCCGGAUCAGUUAAUGGACAUGCGUUUGUAUCUCCUCUGGCACCAAUACUCACAGAGCCAAGUAAUAAUCUGCGAACUGUCUGCGAUACCUCACUUUGUCGAUUUGAUUCUAUUUGUACCUGCACAUAUUCCGUGAAUCUUGAAUUUGGAAAAGUGUAUCAAUUUGUUCUUACAAACAUUGGCAGUGGGCGCGGAUGGUCCCAUCCAGUUCAUCUUCAUGGUCAUUAUUUCUUUGUCUAUAAAAUGGGAUUUGGUGAAUACAAUGAAAAUACGGCCAAAUUUAUAUCUGAAACAGAUGACAUCGAAUGCCAGAGAUCUAACACAACUAAUUAUUGCAAUUCUGCUAAAUGGCGAAAUGAAACAUGGAACACUUACAUCCCUGGCUCUAAAACCAGCUAUCCCCCAGAGAAGGACACAAUAAUAAUUCCGACAGGUGGAUACGUGGUUAUUCGAUUUAAAGCGAAUAACCCUGGCGCCUGGUUCUUCCACUGUCACAUUGAUCUUCAUAACACCAAUGGCAUGGGAAUGGUUCUACUCGAGUCGCCUUCCAGGUAUCCUCAAGCUCCCGUUGGGUUCCAAAAGUGUGGGGACUACAGUCAAAAUGGAAAUACAUCCAACGGAUCACGCUAUUUGAUAAAUGAACUGUUCCUGUUGUUUGCUAUGCUUGGUGGUUUUUGGUGCAAGAUGCUGAUCCAGACCAGCGGAUAAAAAUUAAACAAGUGUCUGAUCUUAAACCUUUUUAAAAAACUACAUGUAUGUCAAAUAAUAUAUUUGUUUUUGAUUACUCAAUAGUUUUAUGUCGUAUGAUUAUGGGUUUUUAUUUUUGAAGAAUAUUUUUUUAAAAAGUUUCAAUUUCAUUAUUUGCUAUAUAAUUAUAGUUUUCAUUGUUGAAUAUUUUGUAGAUAUGGACAAUUAAAAUUUU